AUGGUCACGAUCGAAGCAGUGCGCGAAGCCAAUGCGAAAGGUAAUCAGCUUCACGACCUCGUUGCAAUUUUCGUUGGUGGCACUGGCGGCAUCGGCGAGAGCACCGCAAAGGAAUUUUUCAGGCACACAGUCCGGCCUGUAGCAUACAUCAUCGGAAGGAGCGAGGAAAAAGGCAACAAUAUCUGCGAGGAGCUGCGAGAAAUCAAUGCGGACGGCAAAGCGAUCUUUCUCCAGAAGGAUGUCAGCCUCAUCCGCAACGUUGACGAAGUCUCGGAAGAGCUUAAACGCCGCGAGCGAAGGAUCCAUUGCCUCUUCCUCACCGCCGGCUACAUGAGCCUCAGUGGGCGUAAUGAGACCGAAGAAGGCAUCGACCGUAAGAUGAGCGUCAACUAUUAUUCCCGCAUACGCUGGAUGAUGAACCUUAUGCCAGCCCUAGAGGAGGCUUCGCGUAGGAACGAGCUCGCCCGCGUCAUCACCGUUCUCGCCGCAGGCUCAGAGGGCGACAUCAGGCUUGACGAUCUUGAACUCAAGCACAACUUUACGCUUCACGCUUGCCUUGCGCAUAGCGUUGUGAUGACGGAUUUCAUGAUUGAAGAACUCGCUAGGCGGCAUCCCGGUGUCGCAUUCAGCCAUUCAUAUCCGGGCACUGUGAAGACUGGGAUUGCGAAUCAGCUUACCGGUCCGGUACGCUUGGCCGUCAAGGUCAUGUACGCGGUCAUGACGCCCUGGAUCCUCGAUGUUAAGGAGUCUGGCGAACGUCACUUCUUCCAGAUGACGAACCAGUGCUAUCCGUCACGCAAUGGCAGCGUAGGCAUACCCCCACCACCCGGCAUUCAAACGAUGAAGGGCUCUGAUGGUGAAGUGGGAAGUGGUGCGUAUUUACUAGAUUGGGACGGUAAGUCAACCGGCGACGAAGCGGUUUUGCGAAAGUAUCGGGAGCUAGGAAUGCUCAACAAAGUAGUGGAUCACACCACGCAAAUAUUCGAGCAAGCAGAAAGGCGUAACCGGAAGGACUCUAAGCGCCCCGCCGCCGAACAACUGCAGAGUGGUCGGUCUGUGCCGGACCCCAUCGGCUGGCGGUCAGGUUGA